ACGGUAUUAACAGUUGUAAACAGAACACAGUCCUCACAGUCGAGACUUUUAGAACGCACGGUAAAGAUGUGGAAGUUUCUGCUUCUCCUCGCGGCUGUAGGCACCCUGCCGGCCGCGUCAGUCGGCGAACAGGUGUACCUGACCACGGUUGAUAACUGGUCAUUUUGGAAGAUUCGUGCGACAGGCCCGAUGACAGAUGACAACGUGAAGGUCACGUGUGAAGCGGCGGGGAUGAGGUACCCGUGCUUCCGGCCAGGUGCGGACGGGUGUGGGGAAUUCUAUUGGGCCUCCGACUGCAUCAAGUUUCACCAUAUCCAAUGUACAACGCUCAAGGCUCUCUCGAGUGAACUGUGUGGACACACGGACGGGCACGGUGAACAGUGUCAGCCGCUUGAUGACACCUUUGUGUACAACCCUGCCUGGUAUGAUGACAGCGCUUAUGGAGUGGACUUCGAGACUCACGACUGGGGUCUACAAGGAGCAGACUACAACAACAUGUACGCGCUGUGUGCAGCCCCUACGUGUGGGAGAUCCCCAUGUGCACACGGCACCUGUACUGAUGAUACUGGGGGCUACACCUGUAGCUGUGAGAACGGCUGGGAAGGAACCAACUGUGAUCAAAACAUCGAUGAGUGCGCGUCCUUCCCAUGCGCACACGGAGCCUGUAAUGACACCAUAGGAAGCUUCACCUGUAGCUGUGACAACGGCUGGACAGGACUCAACUGUGAUCAGGACAUAGACGAGUGUGCGAGCAGCCCUUGUUGGCUGGGAGGGACCUGCCUGGAUCACGUGAAUGGGUACAGCUGUGUCUGUCUUAAAGAUGUUACCGGAAGGAACUGUGAAACAGGUACCACUCUAUUCAAUACGAAAUCUAACGAUAAAGAAGUCGUUCGUACAGUAACAAGUCAAUGA